AUGGUAACUAUAAAUAAUGAUGACAAUUCUGACAAUGAAAAUGUUUUAACUAUUGAUAAAAUUAAAUCAUUAUUUGAUCGUUAUAAUCAAAAAGCAAUUAAACAGAAAAACGUAAAAAAAAAAUUAAUUUCCUAUGCAAAAACAUCCGGUUUUAUAAAUAAUAUCUAUCGAAAACAAGCAUGGACUUUAUUAGUUCAUACAUCACCUGAUGAUUAUUCAACAGAUAACGAUCAAAUUCAAUCACAUCAAUAUUAUGAACAAAUCAAAAUGGAUGUUAUAAGAACAUUAAAAAGAUUCCCACCAAAUUAUUCGGAUUCUGAAAGAAGUCAAUUACAAGAUGAACUUAUUCUUAUUAUAACAAAAAUUUUAAUUAAACACGAAGAAUUACAUUAUUAUCAAGGUUAUCAUGAUAUUUCUUUAACAUUUUUACUUGUACUUGGAGAAGAUUCAUGUCUUCCUGUGAUCGAUUCUAUUACAAUGUCUCAUUUAAAAUAUUUUAUGGAACCAACAAUGGAAAAAACACGUGAUUCACUGUCAUACUUAAUACCACUUAUUAAUUGUAUCAAUAGCGAAUGCGCAGAAUAUAUACAAAGAGGUGGUGUUGGACAUGUUAUAUUUGCUCUACCAUGGUUUAUCACAUGGUAUUCACAUGUAUUAGAUAAUCUGUCUAUAAUUCUUCGACUUUAUGAUCUAUUUAUUGUUUCACAUUUUCUUAUGCCGAUUUACGUUGCUGCUGAAAUUGUAAAUUAUCAUUCUGAUGAAGUUUUAUCAAAAAAUUGUGAAAUGGCAUCAUUACAUCAAUAUUUAUCUUCUUUACCUACUGAAAUAGAUGAAGAUACAUGGGAAGAAAUUAUUAAACGAGCUAUAUAUCUAUUUGAAAAUCAUCCUCCAGAUACACUUGAGAGAUUAAAUAAUGAAUGGAAAAUAAAAUGUGAAUAUAUUGAAAAUUCUCCUAAUGAGUCAACUAUUCAACAACGUUUUGGUAGAAAUAGCAAUUAUAAUAGACAAAUUUUGUCAAAAUCAUCAAGUACAUUAUCACGAAUUGCUUUUUGGGGUGUCACAUUAACAAUCGGUGGCUUAGCUAUUUAUCUUUGGAAUCAAACACAAUUCAUUGACUCAACUAAAUUUAUGAAUUUGGGAGAUUUUCUUACUCAAUUGUAUCGAACAUAA